GAGAAAAAGAGAUUUGAGCUUCUUACAUGAGGCGAAAGAAUAUGUGUCAUCAUCAGCAAGGCACUCAACUCACUCUUCAGCAGUGGUUGUUUGUCACAACAAAAGAUAGAAGAACUGAUAAACAAACGCCUUUUUCUUUACAACCAAACCAAACAAACUUUACUGAAACAAGCUAUGUUUCAGAAACUACAGAACAAACUUUGACGACCAGUGAUGAACUACUGUCACAAAGUUCCACGAAUGUGACAGAACAACAAGCAACGAAAACUCAAGUUUUUGUGGGAAAUCAUAUGGACAAUAUAUUUCAACUACAACUGCAGAGUCAAGGCUUCCCUUUUCAAGCUGUAGCUAUUACGCUGGAUAUACUUCAGGCUACUUCCAGUAGACUGAGCUCCAUUGAGAUACUUUCAGACCUAUUUCUAGCUAUAUUGUUGAAAUAUCCACAGGAUUUGUUACCUGCUGUAUAUUUGUGUACCAAUCGAGUGGCAGCUCCAUGGGAAGCAGUUGAACUAGGAGUAGGAGGUUCACUUAUUUCCAAAGCAAUAAUGGAAGUAACAAGUGUUUCAAAGGAAACUUUGCGCUCGCUGUAUAAACAAUAUGGAGACUUGGGAGAUGUUGCACAAAUCUGUUGUUCAAGGCUACAGAGACUCUUCAAACCGAAUUAUUUAACCGCACAACACGUUUAUCAGAGUUUAAGAAAGAUUGCACAGACAAAUGGAGUCAAAAGUGUUUCUCGAAAGAAAAAUCUUAUCCAAUCGUUGUUGGUUGCUAGUCGCUCUCCUGAGGCUCGUUAUAUUGUAAGAAUCUUAUCACAACAUAUUCGAGUCGGUGCAGUUGAAAAGACAGUGAUUGCAGCACUUGGUAGAGCAUUUAUUAUUUUGGACGCUAUUCGUAGUAACGGGGAAGAAAUAACUUCUCGAGCACAAGUACAAAAGUACAGUAUAGAAAGAAAGACGGAAACCAAACUUCUGGUGGAAAGAAUGAAUAGAGCAUUUUCGGAAUGUUCUGAUUGGGAAAGGAUUAUAACAUUUCUAGUGAAUGAUACGCACUCUUGGAAUCAGUUGAACGAGUUCUGCAAGUUACAACCCGGGACACCUUUGAAACCUCAACUUGGAAAGAUUACAAAAAGUGUGGAUGAAAUGAUUAAAGACCUUGGAACAGACUCGGAUAUUAGUUGUGAAUGGAAAUAUGAUGGCCAAAGAUGUCAAGUGCAUAUUAUUGAAAAUGGAGUCGUCCAAUUGUUUUCGAGACAUUUAGAAGAUAUGACUAGCAAAUAUCCUGAUGUAGUUUCCAGUUUUGCAGAUAUUUCAGGAGUUACUAGUGCCAUUUUAGAUGCAGAGAUUGUCGCUGUCAAUCCUUCCCAUUCUCAGAUGUAUUUACCCUUUCAGUAUCUUUCUACUCGUGCAAGAAAAGAUGUUCAGUUGAAUCAGAUUACGGUUCAGGUUCGAGUGAUUGUGUUUGAUCUAAUGUUUUUGAAUGGAGUAUGUUUGAUUGAACAGUCCUUCCGUCAGCGAAGGCAGCUCUUGGAACGACACUUUAGAGUCCGUUCUGUCACACUACCAGAAACUCUCAUCUCUUCCCAGGUCAAUGAGGUUGAAGCGUGGUUAAACAGAGCUAUAUCCAAUGGAUGUGAAGGUCUCAUGUGUAAAGCAUUGGAUGGUCCCAAUUCUGUAUAUUAUCCUUCCAAAAGAUCUGAAGGUUGGUCCAAAAUAAAAAAGGAUUAUGUCGAAGGAAUUAGCGAUACGAUGGAUUUGGUUCCCAUUGCUGCAUGGUGGGGUAAUGGUAGAAAGGCAGGAUGGUUGAGUCCUUUCUUAUUGGCGUGCUAUUAUGAUGGUGAAUUCCAAAGUGUUUGUAAAGUUAUGUCUGGCUUUAGUGAUGAAGAAUAUAAAAGCCUAACCGAAUUUUAUCUGCGGGAUAAAACACUUCCCAUAAAGCCACCGUAUUAUCAAGUGGAUGAAUCUUUGAGACCAGCCAUAUGGUUACAAGCAUGUCAGGUAUAUGUUCUUUCAUAUGAGAAAAAACUCAACUUGACCAUUCCUUAGGUUUGGGAAAUUCGGGGAGCGGAACUGACA